UGAUGGUGGAGUAGCGGUUUUGUGUGCUUUUCAAAGUUUAGUUAGUGUUUGAUAUAUUUUUUCCAAGCGAUAUCAAGGUACACGCUUACUAAAUUAGAACUGCGGAAUUCAACUAUACUGUAAACCCCCAUUGUGUUUGUUUUCCUCAAUUUUGUGGAUGCAAUAAUAAAGCUGCAUUCACAACCUCCAAUUUUUGUUUAUAAUUAAUGAGUGAAAUUAUUUCGUUAACUUUACGCAAAGCAAUCAUUCGCAAUGCCUGAAAUUAAUACGUGAAAUUAAUGUGUAAGCAGUGUCGCCACCUAUGUACCGGCGAGGCAAUUGGUUAAUUGUUUAUACAACAACUUUCAACAUAACCCUGUAGCGCAAGCACAAGAAUCAGUGUUUAUAUUAAUAAGUCUCUUUUAACUAUAACUAGCCUUAUCCUAAAGUGGCAAGAUACUUUUUUCUGUUCGCCACAUUCAUUGUAUAUGUAAACAAAAUCAAAACAAACAAAACAUGGUUAUGUCGGCUGUCAUAUAAAAGCACGCAUGCGUACCUCUGUUCAUUUCCGUAAAAUUAAGCGACAACGUUUGCAGUUUCUGCGUUAAGUAUUAAUUUCGACGAUUAAUUUUCUAUAUUGUGAAUGUUACCCUUAAAAUACAUAGCUUUAAACAUUUACGUUAAUUUUCGAUUGUUAAUUGUAGGUAUUAAUUUUGAGUUUGUGAAUGCUACUUAAGAAUGAACUGACCAUACCUCCUUAUCGAUUAUCGUCACAGAAAGGUCUUAUUCUGUGAUUAUCGUUUACUUUUUAAACAAAUGAAAUUUCAGUGACAAUAGUUUGAGAACUGCUGGUACUUGUGGCAACACUUGUGAGAUUGGUCACAUAACCCCAAAAUGUUCUUGAAAAAACAUCUAACUUCAUUGAGUCAGCUUUGAGUAUCUACUGCAAAUGAUACCCAUGGAUAUCAACAUUCAAUUUGUUAAAAUUGAACCAACACAAGAAGAAGAAAUAAAUUUGUCCCUCGAAAGAAACAUUUUUGUAAGCAAUGAUCUUGUGAAGACCAUAAAAGAAGAAUAUAAUGAGGUUGCGAUUACUGCAGAAUAUUGUAGCCAAGAGUGCAAGAGGGAAGAACGGCAUUUGUCAAGUAUUAAAUCUGAAACUGUGAACUUUAAAUAGUUUCGCCUCGGGGAUGGACGACUUGUCCCUCGUUCGGGAAAUGCAAGCCUAAAAGUUGAGGUUCUUACGACAGUGUAUCUCGCAUAUUCUCUUGUGGCGGCGAUAAUAUGGAUGACAAUAUUGCACUAGUUAAAAUUGAACCAAAACAAGAAGAAGAAAUAAAUUUGUCAUUUGAAAGCAACAUUCUUGUAAGCAAUGAUUUUUUGGAAACUAUAAAAGAAGAACAUAGUGAGAUAACAGAAAGGGCAGGCAAUAGUAGCCAGGAUGAAGUGCAACCACAAGACCAUUCGUCAAGUACUAAAUCUCAUACUGUAGAGCUUAAAUGUACGGUUUGUGAUUACACGACGGGUAGUGGCCCAAGUUUUAAAAUGCACCCUUUGAUGCAUGGGGAUACUAACAAUUUUAAAUGUGCAAGCUGUGAUUAUAUAACAAAGACAAAGUACAAAUUAACCCGACAUCUCUUAAUACACAAUAACUUAAAAGAUAUUAAAUGUGAUAUUUGUGAUUAUGCAACGCAUACGAAGUACAUUUUGAAGCAACAUCUCCUAAUACACACUGGUUCAAAAGAUUUUAAAUGUGAUAUUUGCAAUUUCGCAACACAUAAGAAGAUCAUUUUGAAGCAGCAUCUUUUAAUACAUGGCGGUUCAAAAGACUUUAAAUGUGCUAUUUGUGGUUUUGCAACAGAGAAGAAGAGCAAUUUAAAGCAACAUCUUUUAAUACACGACGGUGCAAAAGAUUUUAAAUGUGAUCUCUGCGAUUAUGCAACGUGCAAGAAGAACAAUUUGAAGCGACAUCUCUUAUUACACAAUGAUUCAAAAGAUAUUAAAUGUGAUAUUUGCGAUUAUGCAACAUAUACGAAGCACAAUCUGAAGCGACAUCUCGUAAUACACAGUGAUUCAAAUGAUAUUAAAUGUGAUGUUUGCGAUUUAGCAACAAAUACUAAGCGCGCUUUAAAACAACAUCUCUUAAAACAUGGCGGAUCUAAACAUUUUAAAUGUAACGUUUGUGAUUACCGAACAAAAACCAAGAGCCAUUUAAAACGACAUGCUUUAAGACACAACACUUCUCUUACUUGUAAUUGAGCAACAAAUUCUUCAUUUGUUUCGGUAGAGUGAGUGUUUCCAUCGGUUUCACUGGGUCAUUCCGGAUUGAAAAGCAGAUUGUGGUGUUUUUCCACCAUCUUAUUGUAAUAAUUAUUCAUGACUGCUGAAUAUUUAUAUGAUAUGUGAAUACUAUUGUGUGAUAAAUCUUGAAACUCUUA